UUUUUAAUGAGCAAAACUCUAUGUCAACACGUCCUUUCCACCAUACACACACACACUUUUGGGACCAUUCCGCAAUUCCACCAGCCCUGCCCUUAACUCAUUAUUCCAUGAACGACCACCUGGAAAAACCGACUAGGACUAAAGCAUCAUUUUUAAACAACUUACGCAAUAAUAUCGAUGUUACGAGAUGAAAAUCUAUUGCAGCUCCAGGGAUGAAAAUCUGGUUACUUUUGUCAGUUAUUUUUUUGUCUUAAUGGAUAUUUUCAGUUAUGCAAGUAGUUUCACUUGCUGUGAAACAGCAAGAGAGCAUGAAUAAAGCAACGAUAGUUUUAUUGUGAACUCUAUUCUGGGAUAAUAUACAAUUACAGGAUGUGAUCGUGAGAAUAUUCAAGCCAUCUACUGAGACUGACUCAGAUAGUUCACCCCAGGAAGAUUGUAAGUCUGGGCUGAAAUAUGAAGGUGCGAAUUUGUAUCUAGCAUUGCUAGUAGGUCUAUUUGUGAUUCAAAUUAUGUCUGAGGCUUGUCAAUGUAUCAACAGAGGUGACUGGUUCGAAGACGCGGCUUCUCGAAUUACACUGUAAAUAAUAUUGCGUGACUUUGAAUUAACUUGAUUACGCAUGCCGAUAGCGACGAGACAUGAUCGUCUGGUAAAGAUGGCGGUGCAAGCACUUUCUUUCUAUUUCCGGGUAGCUUUCGCCAUCCUUCUGCUAGAAACAAUCACAGUUGUUUCAGUUUGUGCGGAAGCUGGUUGCUCCAGUCAAGCGGUUGGCAUUAGCGAUAGUCACGUGAUACCUGAUAACAGAUUUUCAGCUACGACAAUAUACGACAGCAGAUACCAUCCCUAUUAUGCUCGACUUAACGGUUCGCCUGGAUGGUGUCGUAGUGGCAGUAGCACAAGUGAAUAUCUUCAAAUCGACCUCAACGCCGUGUUCGUGGUGUGCGGUGUGGCUACGCAGGGCGCCUCAUAUGGGACAGAGUGGGUGACGUCAUACAAAGUUCAGUUUUCCAUGGAUAAUCAAGCGUGGUCAACAUACCAGGAGACUGGGACCGACAAGGUAUUCAAUGGUAACACGGACGGAACGACAGUCGUCAAAAACACCCUCGCGGUUCCCACCAUGGCGCGGUUCAUCCGGUUUGUACCUUUAAGUCAUAACAGGGACCCGACGAUGCGCGUGGAGGUGUACGGCACUAAACCCGACGUGUGCAAGUCGUCGCUUGGUCUGAUGGAUGACGUCAUCCCGGACUCAGCAAUGUCGGCGUCAUCGGGUUCAGCGUCCGCUGGCCGUCUAUACGGCAACUCAUCAUGGUGUAGUACGUCAUCGUCCGUCUCUGAGUAUCUUCAGGUUGACCUGGAAGGGGUGAGGACGGUCUCAGGAGUAGCCACACAGGGGUCCCAUGGGGAGGAAAAGUGGGUAAAGACUUAUAACCUUCAGUACAGUGGUGAUGGGACACGAUGGCUGACUUAUGAUGCUGCCACCAGCAAUGACUUCAACUUCACGGGUAACGUCAACAAGAAUGUUGCGAUGAUCAAAUGGCUCAGUCAUCCAAUCAGAGCGCGCUACGUCAGAAUCAAGCCGCUGACCUGGAAUAGCGCAAUCUGUUUACGAGCAGACCUGUUUGGAGACAUCGAAUGCUCGUGUGAGAGUCUGGCUCUAGGACUCGGUGACAAUCGCGUACCUAGCGCAAGUAUCACCGCCUCAUCAAACAACCCAAAUGCCGUACGCGCAAGACUGGGCUCUACAAGCGGUGCAUGGUGUGCGGGCUCAGGUGACGUAUCGCCAUACCUGCAGGUGGAUCUUGGAUCAAGUCACAUGAUCUGCGCCGUAGCUACACAAGGUGAUCCGUUCGCUGACCAGUGGGUACAGACUUAUCGGAUUGAUUGCUCGGAUGAUGGAGCGAACUGGACAAGUUAUAGAGAAAAUAACACCACUAGGAAGUUUAACGGUAAUUACGACAGAAACUCGAUCGUGCGUCAAGUACUGUACCAAGCCCCCGCCGCCAGAUACGUCCGCGUGGUGCCAAUUUCGGAGACUGGGUCAAAGUGUCUACGGUUGGAGCUGUACGGUCACCGACUAGGAUCAGAUUGUCAGUCUCACGCAGUCGGCCUUCAGAGCACAAAUAUGAUUCCUGAUCAUCGCUUCACCAGCAAUUCAUGGUAUAGUAGCGGCUGGUAUCCCUGGUAUGCAAGACUACAAACAUCAAAGGCUUGGACACCAAAAGUUGCCGAUAGAGACAAUACAUAUCUCCAAGUUGACCUGGGAGGUCUGUGGCGCGUGUGCUCUGUGGCCUCUCAAGGGUACAGCACCCACUCGGAGUGGACCAAGCAGUACGCUAUCGCGCAUUCUGUCAAUAAUAUCAGUUGGACGCCAUACAAUGAGUCUGGUGUACAGAGGGUGUUUACUGGAAAUGUUGACAUAUCAAAUGUAGUGGUAGGACUGCUCGCCCAUCCACCACUGGCCAGAUUCAUCCGGUUUGUUCCAAAAGCAUACGAAAAAUACCCAACAACAAGACUGGAUUACCGCGGAUUACAGUCAGCUUGUGCAUCAUCACUCGGAGUGGAGCGCGGCUACAUCCUUGACUCACAGAUGACGUCAUCAAGCAAUGCUGGCGCGUACACGGCAUCCGCUGGCCGACUGUACGGCGGCUCAUCUUGGUGCAGUUCCACAUCAGCCAACACUGAGUAUCUUCAGGUUGAUCUUGGAGGGGUGAGGACGGUCACUGGAGUGGCCACACAGGGUUCCCGCACUCAAAGCAAGUGGGUCACGCGAUACGUAAUCAAGUACAGCUUCAUUGGAACCGAGUGGAGCGACGUCAAGGAUGGCGGGUCUAUACCAAGGAUAUUUGACGGCAACGAGGAUCACAAAACAGGGCGUGUUAACUGGUUUAAGGUCCCCAUCGCUGCACAAUUCAUCAGGGUUCACCCUCAGGCAGUGAAUGGCGGCAACGCCUGCAUGAGAAUAGACUUUUAUGGCUGCACUUUUGUAUUUUUGCCUGGUUUUGAAUCUGAAAGACAAAUCACUCUCCAGGCAUCAAACGGUACACACGUGUCUGUACCCUGUCUGAUAAACGGACAACCGCAGCCCGUUGAUUUUAAAUGGUACAAAAAUGAUACCUUGAUGGCUGGGGAUACUUCAAGCAGUAUCACCGUAACGUACCGCUCAGCAGCUGACGUGAAACACAGCUACAAAUGUGUUCAUCCAGACCCGAACCGCCGACCUGUUAAUUGUGUCCAGUCGUACGCAUGCUCUGCAAGGUAUCCGCUGACUCUACCAAGUGCAGGCAUAGCCAGACGUGCUGAGAUAGCGGUCUCUGUCCAGCUAAAUGUUUUGGCAGCACCAGUAGUAGCUGUAACAAGGAAUAUGCGCUCACUUACAAUGCAGCUGACGUCAUUAGCAGACGACUCGACAGGACCACUGACCGGUUAUACCGUUAAGUACCGGACGAGUGGAACAUGGACUACACGUGAGAUCCUCUCGUCGUCACAAUACGAGUUGACUGGUCUUGUGCCGUACACGAGCUACACGGUGCAGGCGAGAGGGAAGAGUGUGGUUGGGCUCGGGUUGUGGAAUUCAGCGGGUUCCUACACCACUCUCAUGGCAGAUCCAGAUGGAAAACUUAUAAUUUCUCAAUCGACGGCUGCAACAUCAUCCACCGCAAUACGGAUACAAUGGACGCUCUCCUCUGACUACCGACUAAACGGGCAAUUUAAGGAAUACAUAGUACUAUACGAGUACAUGGCUAGCAAUGGAAGUAAUAUUAUAAAAUCAGAAAAAGUGACAAACAUCAACACGCAAGACCUUUCCUUGACCCCGCUCAAAAAAUUCACCAAUUACACCCUUACCCUUCGCUCAAGUAACACUCAGUACAUCGGAGCUACAAGUGACGCGCGUAUUGUACAGACCUGGGAGGACGUUCCGAGUGCACCACCUUUAGGCGUAAAUCACGCCGAAAUCAACUCAACGACAUUCAACAUCAGUUGGAACCCAAUCCCCAAAGAUCAGAGCAACGGAAUCAUCACCAGUUACGAUCUGGAACUAAGUUCCGGACAAGCUAGACGGCGCAGGCGGUCCCUUACAGAGUCCCUCAAUUCCACCUUGACGUACAUCGUACUGCAUAACCUGGAAAGUUGCACCAUUUACCAUCUGCGGGUGCGGGCGAGAACACGAAAAGGACCUGGUCCGUACAGCCCACAAUACACGCUACAAACAUCCCGAAAAUCGGUUUACUAAGUGCAAUGAUUGCACACAGUACAAACGGGAAAAAGAAGGCACAAUGAAUAAAGGACAACGAGCCAGAAUUGAUCAACAUCUAAAUGCCCAUCUGUACAUGCAGGAGAGACGAGUUUAUUACCUUCACCGGUACAAAGCAAGAAAGUUCCCAUCUAAAUACCUUACUAGCAUUAAUGAUGGUAUGGACCAGCACACCACAAACAUCCCCAAUUUGCGGAGAAUCAUCAAAUCGAUGGCUGGCCUUAGGAUGGUUGGAACUCACCUGGUUGGGUCUAUAAUUGUCUGAGGGAAAAGCCUUCUAUGGCAGCUUUAACUACUACCAGUUUCCACAUGACUCAAAUCUGACCAUCUCCAUUCUACUAGAUGUGCUGGUUAAGUGGACAGAAGAUCAGUAUAAACUGCCACCUGUCCUCUACCUCCAGUUUGACAACUGUGUCAGAGAAAAUAAGAACCAGUUCAUGUUCACCUUGCUAGCCAUUCUUGUUCAUCUUAAGGUCUUCAAAAAGGUAUCAUAAAGCCUGCUAAGUGGGCUAUGGUGUCCUGUGAGAGUUGCGCUCGUUCGUAAGAUAUUGUUUCUGCCACUUGAAAAUGAAACUCAUAUCUUCGUGUCACCGUGUAAUAUCCCUCCUCGGAAGUGCAAAGCAUACCAAAUGGAACAAGUACUAUUUUUUUAAACACUAAAACCAUUCAAACAUCAUUCUAAAGUGUAAUAUAUACAUUACAUGUACAGUUUUGGAGGAAUUAGUAAAAAAAACUAAGAUGAUAUUAGCCUUAACUUUAUCUUCAAUUUCUUGGGAUCAGAAGAAUAUUCCAUUGCAUAGUGCAUGCCAUACAUUGUAUUUGUACAUUCAUGACAACUACAGGUAAAAACUUACUACAAGUAUAACCUAGACUUUUGUUUUACUACCUAUUUUUAGAUACGAGUGAACUUCACACCUGUUGGACACACACAUGAGGACAUUGAUGCAUUUUUUGGUGUGUUUUCAAAACAUCUUGCCAAGCUAGAUGUACACAAUGGAUGAACUUCCAAGAGCCUUGGAAUCAUGUGUUAGUCAUACAAUUCCUCAGGCGUUUAGUCUGACGAAGGUGUAUGACAUCAGAACUUGGCUAAAUGGUUAUGGAGCUGAACUUCAUGAACACACUUUUCCAAAGUGCUUCAAACUAGAAGCUGAUGAAAAUGCAGUAGUAGAGAUGUUCUACAGAAGCUGGAGCUAUUACAAAUGGAAAGGACCAGUGGUGCUUCUAGAGAUUUACACCGGGCGAUAUAGGAGGCCAGAAGAAAGAGCAGCCCAAGUAGCCCUAGUCGAAGUGGCUAUGUACUUCGCGAACUCAAACGAAAUUCCGUGUCUUGGGAAAGUUUUAAAGCUGGAAACGGACCACUUCGAGGUCCAUUACUACAAAUGUACAUACAACGGUAGAUGGAACCCCAGGAAUGUCCCACGAAAGAGGGCUACGCCUUGGACUGAGCGAUUGGCUAAGACUUGCAUCGUAUAAUGGGGCCAACUGAAACUUGAAAAAGCUACCAGGACAUUUUUGAAGGAGAGAUACGACUAUCUUAUCAGUCAUUGAUGGCAGAGUUUAAUAUUGUUUUGUAAAAUACAGUAGACUCAGUAUUUAUUCAAAGAGUUAAAUAGGCCAUAAAUAAUCGUAUGAUAUUAUAAGUAUAUCAUAUGAAUCAUAUAUCAUAUGUAAAUAAAUUAUGCAGUUCGAAGAA